AUGGCGCGCCUCGAAACCUAUCAUGGGUCUUUUAUCUGGAACUACCUUCCGUCUUUCGUUGCCGGAAUCGUGUUUGCGAGCUUGUUUGCAAUUUGCUCUGCUGUUCACUGCUGGCGAGUAACGCGAGAGUAUAGAAAGCUUUGCUGCUGGUUCAUACUCGGAGGCCUCUUUGAAACAGCUGGCUUCGCCAUCCGUGCCAUGGCCCAUCAUCGCAGCGGACAAAUCUGGCUGUACGUCGUCCAGACUCUCUUAAUACUUCUUGCACCGGCAUUAUUCGCCGCGUCUAUCUACGCCACUCUUGGACGGAUGAUAUCAAACCUCAAAGCAACAUCGCUGUCUGCACUUCAUCCCAGAUGGAUGACCAUAAUCUUUGUGUCUGGUGACAUUCUUUCGUUUUUUAUUCAGGCUGUGGCAGGAUCCAUGCUAUCCUCAACCAAAAGCAAGCAGUCCACUAAAGACACCGGAAAGGUUGUUAUGAUCCUGGGAUUGGUGAUUCAAGUCAUAUUUCUAUCCGGGUUUGUCGUUGCAAUUGCUAUCUUUCAUCAGCGGUGGCACCAAAUGCACGCCUCCAAAGCUCUCAGCGAACAUAAUCGGCGUUCCAUGCGGAUUCUGUACUCGUUGUACGGGAUGAGCGGACUGAUUCUCGUUCGAUCUGUUUUCCGUGUCAUCGAGUAUAUCGAAGGCAACGAUGGAUAUCUCCUGACUCAUGAAUGGCCAUUGUAUGUGUUUGACGGCACACCUAUGAUUUUAGUCAUGGCUGUAUUUAUGGUUUGGCAUCCUGCUACCCAGGGAAACCUUGAUGAUAUGUCAACACACAGUGCGCAGAGCAUGCAAUGUUUAAAUGGUCGCUUCUAA